GCGCUCAGGGGUGGAGAGAGAGGGUCCCGGAAGGGGCUGUGCGGGUCCCCGCGCCGGGGCUGCGGGACGAGCGUCCGGGGUGUGGCCAUCCGUCUCACCACCCCGGACGGCGCUUCUGGCUGGAUCCGUCCGAUCCCACCGCUGGGUUUUUUAUUUUUUGUUUUUCAAUUCCCCUCUCUGCGUCUCAGGACUCGUUCCCUUCUCCGCCCAGGCGCCCUCCCCGCUACCCCGUGAGGAUGGCCCAGAAGGAGAACGCCUACCCCUGGCCCUACAGCCGACCCACGCCUCAGUCUGGCCUGAACACUCUGCCGCAGAGAAUCCUCCGGAAGGAGGCUGCCACCCCCUCUGCCCUUGUCCUCAUGAACCGCUCCAACGCCCCGCCCACAGCUGUCCCUGGGCAGAAGGGGAUGGAGAACAGCAGUGGGGCACCCAACUUCACGCGGCCCUUCACCAUCGACGACUUCGAGAUCGGCCGUCCUCUGGGCAAAGGCAAAUUUGGAAACGUGUACUUGGCCCGGGAGAAGAAGAGCCAUUUCAUCGUGGCACUCAAGGUCCUCUUCAAGUCUCAGAUCGAGAAAGAGGGUGUGGAGCACCAGCUGCGCAGGGAGAUCGAGAUCCAGGCGCACCUGCAGCAUCCCAACAUCCUGCGUCUCUACAACUAUUUCUACGACCGGAGGAGGAUCUACCUGAUCCUGGAGUACGCCCCGCGGGGCGAGCUGUACAAGGAGCUGCAGAAGAGCCGCACAUUUGACGAGCAGCGAACAGCCACGAUCAUGGAGGAGCUGGCAGAUGCCCUGCGCUACUGCCACGAGAAGAAAGUGAUUCACAGGGACAUCAAGCCGGAGAACCUGCUGCUGGGGCUGCAGGGGGAGUUGAAGAUCGCUGACUUCGGCUGGUCUGUGCAUGCCCCCUCCCUGCGGAGGAAGACAAUGUGUGGCACCCUAGACUACCUGCCCCCCGAGAUGAUUGAGGGGCGCACACACAAUGAGAAGGUGGACUUAUGGUGCAUCGGGGUGCUCUGCUACGAGCUGCUGGUGGGGAACCCGCCCUUUGAGAGCGCAUCACACAACGAGACAUACCGGCGCAUCGUCAAGGUGGACCUGAAGUUCCCCGCCUCUGUGCCCUCAGGGGCCCAGGACCUCAUCUCCAAGCUGCUCAGGCACAACCCCUCCGAUCGGCUGACCUUGGCCCAGGUCUCAGCCCACCCUUGGGUCCGGGCCCACUCUCGCCGGGUGCUGCCUCCCUCGGCCGUGCAGUCUGUCGCCUGAUGGCCCCUGUCAUUCACUCAGUGUUGUGCGUGUGUGUGUGUGUGUAUGUGUUUGUGUGUGUAGGGGGAAGGAGGGAGUCUGGCCUGUUCCCUUAUCUGUCUUCUACCUCCUUUUUAAUAAAAGCCGAGGCUUUUGUACAAUGAGCGGAGAUGUCUCUGGGAAGAGGCGGCGGUUCCCUAUGGGCAGGAGAGGUUGCCUACCCCGGCUGGUACAAGGGACACUGGGUCAGUGCCCCCGGUAACAGCUCGCCCUCCCAGAUCCCAGCCACUGUCACCCCCGCGGCCAUUUCUUUCCCCUGCUCAGACUCAGAGCCCCAGAGCCUGGGGGUGUUGGGAGACCUCAGAUACCCCCACUGUGCUCAAACACCGCCCACCUCUCCCGUCAGUCGAUUGUCUGACUUCUGGUUUUUCUCUCUCCUGGUUAUUCUGUGCCCCUUUGCCCACCAACCUAGGAGCGAGUGAACGUGGCUGUGCCCUAGAAGUUGUCGUUCGUUUUACUGCUCUGGGCAAGAUGGAAGGGGAGGGGACGGACGAGCAGUGAUUGGGUCUUGUUCCUGACGUCAGGUCUCAUGUUACGUAUGAUGCUUGCUGGCCUUGAUGGAUUUUUUUUUUUUUUUAAGAUUUUUAAAAAAUUUUUUG